AUGACAAUUUCACAAAACCAUGUAUUCCUGAGCGCACAAUGCUGGAGGGGUGUUAUUCAGUGGAACCGAGAUUCUCUCCGCGAUGGACAGUACCCGGCUGAUCGAGGUACGUCCAAAUGGCACAUCCUGGUGUUUCAAUGUAUGCGAAAUCGAUCCGAAGAAAUGUGUCGAAAGACCGAGGAGGAAAAAUUUCGUCAGCUGAUCUGGUCUAUUUCGUUGGAAACACGCAAAUUUGAGAAAGCUGCAGCUUACAUGUGUCAUGAGCAUAAUUUACGAAUCCUAAAUGAACAUAAAACGAAGUGCCUCGCGCGACAGGAAAAAGUGGCGGAGCAAUGUAAUGUGCAUCGGAAUGACACGAUUCGUGAAGUGGUUGCUGCAUUGCAAAAUCAAUCAAGUCAAUUAUCGACCAGUUCGAACGAGUACUACGGUCUCAUGAGGAAAACUCUCAGUCAUUACGAGUGCAAAUCUCUACUGGCCAAGUUGGAGUGCCUGUACGCCGUAUUGCAUAACACGUGCCCUCCGGAUGCUGUACGCCUGGUAAUGAACUAUUUCAAAGAGACCCUGCCUGACGGUUGUACAUUCAACUAUGAGUCCAGACUACAAAGCCAUAUUGAUUUAGAACUGACUAGGCAGAAACAACAACAACAAAGACAACGAAUGGAAGAGGAGGAGCGCUACACAUUUCAGCAAGACAUGGGUCGACGUAGUUCUCGAGCUGGUGCGCAGCUCCAGCUCGGUCGUUCUGUUACAGGGAAUUCCAGCAACAACGGGGCACUGGCGCUUUCGUCUCACAGUGUGAACGGAUUUCCAAUCAAGGAGGAGUCGGGUGUGCAACUGGCGAUCAUCUUUGUUUUAUUUUCAUUGGCUCACGUAUGGAUCUGA